CAAACAAAUAACAAUCCCAUCGAACGGGGGUCCUUUCUGGAGGCUACUUUUCUCCUUUUCUUGGAGAAUGAAUUUCGAGAGUUUCGUCAACCAAACCCAAAGUGAAUGGGAACUGUCAGCCAUAAGAGGGUUACAGGUGGUUUGCACGAUUUCAAUAAUUAUCGCGUAUACUUGCUCCAUGAUGGAAUAUAUCUCAAAUAACCGAUAUACGGUCUCUGAGCUGACAACCAAGUUGUUAAGCUUCGUUAAACGGAAUUCAACGUAUCUCAUCGAUAUGUUCUUCUUCUUGAGCGGAUCAAAUCUUACAUAUCUUUACUUUAAAACAAGCUAUCAGGGGAAGUGCAGAGUGUUAGAACAGAUUAUUCACUUUACCGCCAUGAUUACGUAUAAAGUGUGCUGCAUAAUCCUGCCCUACACGCUGGUUUUAAUCUGCACUGAACUCACAUCUAAAUACUUUUAUUCGAACUCAGCCUUAGAUCUGCCAUCAUUCGAUCACAUCACUUGCGUCCACGAUAAAUGGCUCAACAUUCUUUACAUUGAGAAUUUCUUCCCCAUCGUUGACAGGUGCAUGCUCUGGACCUGGUUCAUAUCCCUCGAGGUUCACUUCUUCAUCGCGGCUUGCCUAGUCCUUCUCCUGGCCCAGAUUCAUCCAAAAUACGCUGGAGCUAUCUGCACCGGCAUUUUAAUAGCUUCGAUACUAGCAACCACCGUGGUUGAAGUUGACUACAUUCCCGCUGUAAAGCGAGACGUUGAGCACGAGCUGAUGGCUUUCUACCUCAUCUUCGAUAAAAUCUGGGUCCGAAUUCCACCAUACUUGCUGGGCAUGUGUCUUGGGUACACACUGUACAAAGCUGGAGGGAAAUUCGAGAUGAAUAUUUUUGUAAUUGUGUUCGGUUGGAUUGCUUGUGUGUUGAUAUUGGCCGGAUUUGGAUAUGGAUUCCAUACGGUGGAAUUUCGAGUCAAUCCAUGGGUAAGAGCUAUUAUCAGCACCUUAGGACACACUAUCUGGAGUAUGGUUCUGUUUUGGAUUGUUCUGGCGAGCAUAUCACAGUACGGGGGUAAGUAUUGAUCAAGAGAUGAUAUUGUGCAA